UAGGUUUUUCUGUUUAGUUUGAUUUACGCGCGAAAUAACGUUCUUUACGACAUUGCAGACGGUAUUUAGUGUAUUUGUACAUCUCAAGCGACGCUGCGUUGUGGAAAAUAGGGCUAGGGUGACCGGCUAGAAUUCUGCAAAGGUAGAAUUUCUUAACGACUUGGAAUUUUAUUUUGAAUAUGGCAACGCAACAGAACGCUUUUUUAAGCAAAGCUGAGGACGCAGCGGAUAAUGUUUUAAGACACACAAAAUACAUCUUACCACAUCUUGGACGCUUAUGUCUGAUCUCUACUUUUAUUGAGGAUGGAAUUCGAAUGUGGAUGCAAUGGGGGGAACAGAGAGACUAUAUUGCUAGCACCUGGAGCUGCGGUCAAUUUCUAGCCUCUGUAUUUGUCUUCAUUAACAUGGUUGGCCAAAUUGGAGCUUGUGUUGGGGUGUUAAUGCGGAAACAGGUCCCUAUCAUGUGUGGUUUGUUAUUUUUCAUCAUCAGUUUACAAACUAUCGCGUACAGCAUUUUGUGGGACAUUAAAUUUCUUGCAAGAAACAUGGCACUUGUAGGAGCUGUGCUGCUAUUGCUAGCUGAAAGCAAAUCUGAGGCCCGGUCCCUUUUUGCUGGCGUGCCACAAUUGGAACAUAACACUCCCAAAUCAUAUUUGCAACUCAGUGGGCGAGUUUUGCUUGUUCUGAUGUUCAUGACGCUUCUGCAUUUUACUCUCAACCCAAUUGAUGUCAUUCAAAACGUUGUGGGUUCGACACUCAUGCUAUUGGUUUGCGUUGGACACAAGACCAAACUCUCCGCCAUGGUUUUAGUGCUGUGGCUAUUCACUGUAAACCUGUACCAAAAUCAGUUCUGGCGUUACGCUACAACCAGAGCCAUGCAUGAUUUUUUGAAAUAUGAUUUUUUUCAAACUUUGUCGGUCAUUGGAGGUCUAAUGAUGGUGGUGUCUUUGGGCCCAGGGGGUGUGAGCUUAGACGAAAGGAAAAAGCUAUAUUAAUAUAGGUCCUGAAAAAAAUAGGUCCUGUUAUAGGUCCUGAAAAAAAGUUUCUUUUCUUAGUGAAAUGCAUUGAAAAAUGACCAAAAUUUCUGUAACUGUUUUGACUGAAGCAAAUAUUUUGUAGCAUAUUUUCAUGUUUCCUCAAAAAAUUUGGUCAGAGUUUCCGCAAUUUCAAAGGUUUUCGUACAUUUUUAUUUUUUAUGUAUUUCUAAUAGAAAAAUUCAGCCAAAAAUUCAUACAUUUAGACAAUAUUUGGUUUUAAUAGUAUCUAAACCAACUUAAAUUAGAUUUUUUAGAAUGUUUAAAACCAACAAACAUUCUACAGAAACUGAAAUUUUAUUUCAUGUAUUCAGAUUUGUUCUUAAACAUUUCAGCUAUGUUUUUGUUGUUGUUGUUGUUUUUCACCUAAUUUUUUCUUCCAAACCCAGCCUUUACAUCUUAUAUAUUAUACAGAACUCCUGCCUUUCCCCCCAAAAAAAGAGAAAAAAAUCCUAAAAAUUUCAAUUAAUUCACCCAGUGUUGCAAAAUGUUUUUUGUCGUCAGUAAAAACGCAUCCAACUCAAAAAAAUUGGGCCAAACUAAAACUGAAGUGGUAACACUGUAGAAAUGAUAUAUUUGUGCAAUCAUAACAGCAAAACCCUGCUUUGAUUAGACUUAGUUAACUUAUUGGGUGCCACGUUUGUAUAUAGUACUGGGUGUGCAUUAUAGCUUUAUUUGUUGCAAAUGUUUCGAAGCCCAUAAUAAAAUCACUUGCUAUUA